AUGGAUAUCGAGGUGAUGAUGCCUUCAUUAGAGAAGGCGCACAACUCAGCUCGGAAGCAAAGACAGCGCGUCGACAUUGAGAACUGGUCAGAAUUGUGGAUCACUUCUCCCAAGGCAAAUUCGAUCCUCUGUCGUAGCCCUUUGCGUAGGAAGCUGUCCGGCCAUUUUGCCCCAAAGCCUGCGGAAAUCGUCCAUUGUGUCCUCGCCAUCUUCAUGUCCAUGUUGCUUGGCGCAAUGUCCUAUCAGAAUCAUCACGUAAAAGGUCUCCAGGGGUUGAAGGCGUCUCGCCGUCCCAACAAUGCCUUGUCGGAGGUACAACGUCCCGAAUGGCUUCUCACUGCCUGGCUUUUCGCAUGGAACCUGAUGGCAAAGGGCAAGGAUCCAGCCCUCCCACGAUUACGUGGCAAGCAGGAAAUGCCGGUCCCAAACACGUGGUGA